CGCUGAAGACGACGUUUACCGGAUUACAGAUGAAGCUCUCCCACAACACGGCGUCACUUGCCCUAUGGAAGGUGUGGAAGAGGUUUCGUCCUUGCCAAUCAUGGCCAAUACUUCCCAUCCCAUUCUUGGCGCUUGUGUUUUGGAUCGGCCUCAGCAUACAUGGGAUGUUAAGCACAAACACUCGGCUACCAAUGUACUACCGUGCUCCGCCACUCGCCAGAUUCGGCGUAGACUUCAGAACCUCCGUCGGACCGUCGCGGGUAAUCCCAAGGGCGCUGUUUCACCUGAGAGCCAACGUGGACAACAGCACGUGGGAGAAGCUGGGUGACGUGGUGGGUCGAGUGUACAACCUCCCGCCACUCUACGGCAUUGAGAAACGUCCGCAUCUGGUCAGUAAAUGCGGCAAAUAUCCUGCCCUCGUCGACUUGUCCUUCAGUAACGUCUAUUGGCAAGUCUUUCAUUCUAGUGAUGGAACGUUUUACUUGUACAGCGCAUUCUUCGAUAACCGCACCCUCACUCGGCCAGGACCGUCUGUACGCAUCCUUGGCAUGGCGGAUCGAAUCAAACCUGCCGUCAGGACUCACUGCCAGCUGUGGUACGAGGGCCAGGGUACCCCCGUAGUGGCCAAGGUGGUCGAGUAUCGGCAUCUUGUGAUCGGUGCCAGUGACAACAAAAGGAAAGGCACCCUGCAGUCAUACUUGCUGCAGUGCGUCAUUCCUGAAUCACACAGGCAACGAGUCCCGCAGUCAGUUUCACUGGUGGAAGGACGCUGCGACCGGUCCACCAACAACCUGCGAGUGGUUCACAAUCCUCUACCUGAAGGAGAGAAAAGUAACUUUGCUGUUUGUGUGAAGGGCAUGGAUUUUGACGAGGAUAUAAGUUUGAGAAUGGUGGAGUGGUUUGAACUACUUUUCUUGUUAGGAGCUGACAAAGUGUUCGUGUAUGAUUUGGGAAUACACCCUAACAUCUCUAAGAUACUAAAACAUUAUGAGUCCAAGGGCAAAGUUGAUGUGAGGAGUCUGACGCUUCCAGGUGAACAACCCACCGCACGCGGGCUUGUCAGGCGGUAUCUUCAAGCCAAGAUUUUCAGCAAGCGGCGAAAUGAAUUAAUCCCCUAUAAUGACUGUUUAUAUAGAAAUAUGAACCUUUACAAGUUUAUUGUACUGAUCGAUAUUGACGAAGUCAUCAUGCCUAGAGCAGUCCCAAGCUGGAAGGAGCUGCUGGAACAAGUGGCGCCUCAGGUCAUGUCGGGAGAGGGUCAUCCAUACGCCUCUUACUACGCACGCAACGUGUAUUUCUUAGAUUCAAUGCAGGACAAGCACGGGUUGGCGAUGGACAUACCUCGUUUCAUGCACAUGUUGCAACACCUGUAUCGCGCUGCCAACUACACACCACCCGAACGUUUCAUCAAAGCUUUCCAUGACCCUCAGCUGGUGCUCACACUGCACAACCACUUUGCUUUUUCCUGCUUGACACACAAGUGCCCCCCCUUCCGCAUCCCAACAGAGGUUGCGCACCUUCAACAUUACCGUGUGCAGUGCGUGUCAAAGAUUAAGGAUUUGUGUCCCUACUACAGGAACCACACCGUCCUGGACGGUGAUAUCCUCAGGUUUAAGGACCCUCUGCUGCGCGGCACCCUCCGCACUCUGCGUCACCUCGGGUUCCUGCAGAAAAAAUAGGCCACCACUGGCCAUUAAUUCCAUGAGCAACUGGAUGUUUUCUGUGUGUGUGUGUGUGUGUGUGUGUGUGUGUGUGUGUGUGUGUGUGUGUGUGUGUGUGUGGGUGUGUGCGCGCGCGCGCGCGCGCGCUAACUGCAUACCUCCCCUCUUCUCGCGGCCUCGCUGCACAGGACUUUCUUCUUUCUCUCCCCUAUUCUAUCCACCUCUCUAAUGCAAGAGUUAACCAUUUUUCUCAUUCAUUCAUCCCUCUCUCUAGUAAACUGGAACUCCCUGUCUGCUUCUGUAUUCCACCUUCCCAUGACUUAAAUAAUUUCAAGAGGGAGGUUUUAAGACACUUAUCCUGUAAUUUUUGACUACCGCUUUCGUUCCUGUUCGGGGGCCGGCACCUCAGUG